ACCCGAAGAAGGGUGUAGGCUCUGAGCUGUCAGCACAGAGACCAAAGCGAAGCCCUAGUGAGGCAUGGACCAAUGCAAUGUCGGUCCCCACAUCCAGUAGGAAAUGGGUAUGAGGCUGGCACUCUGCAUGGCCUGGGCGGCCUUCUGAUGGACCUGACUUACGACAAGGAGGCCACAGUGAAGAGGAAGAGCAGGGAGGCUUACUUUGCUCCCUGAGCAGGGAGGCUUACUUUGCUCCCUGCAUCCCCCAUCUCAGCCCCCACUCCCAGCAACCCGGCUUUAUGACUUCACAUGCUGAGGUCACACAGAGACAAUGCCAAGCAUUUCACCUCUCCAAGUCCAGGCCCAACCAAACCAGAGUCCUCCCCACGGUGUCAGUGAGGACAGUGCCUGCUGGACCAAGUGGAGAGGGGAUCUAGAGCACAGCACAGCAGUUCCAGCCACACCUGGCACCAUGGACGAUGCUGCGGUCCUAAGGAUGAAAGGUUACACCAUGGGCAUCACUCUUGGCGAGGGCUCAUAUGCGAAAGUCAAAUCCGCCUACUCUGAGCGCCUCAAGCUCAAUGUGGCAGUCAAGAUCAUAGACCGCAGGAAAGCCCCCACCGACUUCUUGGGGAAAUUCCUUCCCCGGGAAAUUGAGAUUCUGCCCAGGCUGAACCACCGCUCCAUCGUCAAGACUUAUGAGAUCUUUGAAACAUCAGACGGCAGGGUCUACAUCGUCAUGGAGCUCGCAGUCCGGGGCGACCUCCUCCAGCUUGUCCAAACCCGGGGAGCCCUGCCCGAGGACGAUGCCCGCGACAAGUUCCACCAGCUCUCCUCAGCCAUCAAGUACUGCCAUGACCUGAACGUCGUCCACCGCGAUCUCAAGUUGGAGAACGUCCUCCUCGACGAGAGCUUCAACAUCAAGCUCUCGGACUUCGGCUUCUCUAAGCGCUGCCUGAGGGAUGGCAGUGGGCGGCUGACCCUGAGCAAGACCUUCUGCGGGUCAGCGGCUUACGCAGCACCCGAGGUGCUGGAGGCCGUCCCCUACCAGCCCAAGGUGUGCGACAUCUGGAGCCUGGGCGUGAUCCUCUACAUCAUGGUCUGUGGCGCCAUGCCUUACGAUGACUCCAACAUCAAAAGGAUGCUUCGCCUCCAGAAAGAGCACCUCGUCCACAUCCCCCAUUCCAGGCACCUGACGGGUGAGUGCAAAGACCUCCUCUACCGAAUGCUGCAGCCGGAUGUCCGCCGGCGGCUGAACAUCGACGAGGUCCUCAGCCACUCGUGGCUGCAGCCCAAGGCACAGGACCCGGCCCCUGGACCCGUCACCAAUGAAGCAGGGAGCUCCCGGUGCACUGAGCCCUCAUGGACCCCUGAGACUGCUGAGCAAUCCUCCACCAAGGUGGAGACCCGGGAGGAGGCCCAGGCUGAGAGCUGGCCUGAGGCCAAACUCGAUGAUCAGACAUCACAAGGGCCGGGAUCGAGACAGUCAUGUCCCAUGGGAUCACCCCUGCCAGGCAAGCUGCCUAGCAGGGAGACACAAGAAGGGGCUCCCUCACACCCUCCGGGACUACACACCUAGCGAGUCUCUCUCAGACCAGGGGGCUGGCAGGGAAUGAUGCAGAGCUCAUAGCUUUGAGCCUGAGCUCCAAAGGAGCCAAGGGACAAAUGGAAAACUGUACUGGUUGAUCCCAUUACCUUCCUUUUUCCCCCGUCCCUUUGAACUUGGAAGCCCACAGGGCGAAAAAAAUCAAUAAAGCACUGUUAUUUAG